AUGGCACCAGACGCACAUAUCCGCGUCUCCGCAGACCCAUCCAACCCCGACAAGGACCUCGACAAUGAUAACCAGGUCGACAACACGAGCACAAAGCCAGAUCCAAGCACAAGGACCAGCACUACCCUCUCUGCCCAGCUCAAUCAAGAAUGCAACCAGCUCCUCUCCGAAAUAGACGCCUACCAAUCCCUCCUCAAGUCAACACUUCGCAAUCCACAGCUCGUCGAGGUCCGCCAGUUCCGCUCGAGCGUUGCUUCUGAGCAGAAGAUUCUCCAGAGGCUGGGUAAGCAGAUUGAGAAGGCCGUUGGUGGUACAGAGUCCGGGCCGGAACCAGGAGACGGGGAAGCAUCCGACAUAGAGAUGCGAUUGGUGCAUGCGCUGCGCUCCUCGAAUCUACCGUUUUACCAGGCUGUCUGGAGUAUUGCUCGGGAGUCUUGUUCUGGGUUACUUGCGCUGGGGAAGAGAUUCUACUGGGAUCGGGAGACGAAGACGACGGAGAGGAAAAGCGCGGAGGAGAAUAAAAGGGCUGGUUCUGAUGGCCAGCCGAAGAAACAGGCUAAUAAAGAUAAGCGCAAGAGUGUGUUUGUGGAUAUUGUUGCUGAUGAUGGGGAGGAGUGGGUUAAAGUGUCGACUAUUUCGGAGAGUCGGCUUUUAUUUGAGAUGGCGAAGAAGGGGUGGGAGUGUGAUAGUGAUGAGGAGGAUUGGUCUGAUGACGGGGGGAAAGGGCGGACUGUGUUGCAGAAUUUUGAUGAUGAAGAGGAUGGGGAUGAUGACGAUGAACUGGAGCUCAUCAAGUUGGCUCGGGAUCUGAGGAAGGCGGCUGAUGCUACUCGGGUUAGAUAUAAGCAUCCUCGGCUACGGGUUGUUAUGCAUAAGAUUGAGGAAGGGAAAAUUCCUGCGAUUGAUGCUAUUUUGAAUGAGAUGCGGAGCUAUGGUAUUCGGGUUGAUUGCCAGACUCCGCCCACUGAGACGAGAACCGGACUGGAUCAUCUCCUGCCUCAGCCCUUCAAGAACUUGACUUCGACUUUGAAUGUCGACUGCACUUUACUGCUUGCCUUGGUAUCUGACUUGUCACACAUCAAGGACAUCCCGCUGGCACCACAUUUCCAUAGGGCCAUCGUUCGACAAAUCGAAGUUGAACGGGAAAAGCCUUUGCUAAGUUCUGAGCUCUGGCCGGCCAUGGAUGGUCGUGAACUCGUCGCUACCACAGAGGCUGUCACACGUUUCCGUGAGAUUGUGGAGACAAUCGGAACAGAGACCGAGAAGAGCAGGACUCGGAUGUUGCUGGAAGAACCACCGUACGACGGAAUGGAUUGCAAGGCUAUCCUCCAGAAGUUCCAAGAAUUGUCCGACUAUCAGCUCCCCACGGACUGGAAACUCCCCAUCAAGGUCGUUGAAGCUCUGCAGGUGAUUGAUUCGGCUAAGGCACAGGGUAGCCUCCAUCCAGUAGUGCAUGAAGUUGAGAAAGGCCUAUCGGAUAUCAACUAUAGCGUGUUUCUAUACGGCUGGGUCACUGGUUUGACGACCAUCUCCAGCAAUCGCACAAUCGACAAGCAGAUUGAGGAGACCAUUGAGAAGAACAGGGAUGGCGAUGAUGACCUCAGGGGCCCAGACGUCUGGAUUUGUGACACGGCGCGGAGUUUGGUGGGCAAAGAUAAAAAUAGAAGAGCAUAA